CCUUGUAUCACUUGCUCCAUGCCGAGUGCAGGGAGCUAGGAAGCUGUAGGAGUGAUGUCUGUGCUUUAUAUCCUCACGAGCCGCCACAUUUUAGCCCCCCACUGCUCAUCAGUUGUUGAUCAAUCUUCACAAUCCCGCUGCUGAAGCUCUUUCGCUUACUGCUGGCGUUGCUCAUUUCGAGAAGUCUGGAACUCGUCGGUAUGACUGCAGAGCGCGCUGCUGCUUGAUUGCCACUCGUUUACGGCUGCAAGUCCGUCCUGAUCGCUGAUCGGUGGCUGUAAGCGCCCAGGCGGCUGUAAUGCAAUAAAAGCAUUCGUUGUCCUUGGCCCAGCUUGAAACCGCAAGCAUUCCCAUUACUUGCGUCCCACCCAGGCGCGGAGUAAUACUACCACCGCGUCCUACUCCAACUCCCUGCGCCGCAUCACCACCUUUGCUACGGCGCAGCUGAAGCGACCCAGCUGGCCAUAAUGGCACCCCAGGUGCAGGAACUCACCACCCAAGCCACGCGAAGCGUUUCCGAUGUUGUCAAGCGGAUACUGAUUCCCUUGACUCCUACCAGCCCGCCGGGUCUCGUCCAAGCGAAUACCGUCGAUCCUUGGGCCAAGGCCGGCAAAUAUGCUCUCGGAUGGACCUAUUUCGCGGCCGCGCUCUCGGGCUGUGUAUUCUUGGUUCGCGUGUGGCACUAUUGGCAGGACAAGAUUCGGCAAGCCAUUUACAAACAACAAGUAGAAGCUCACUAUCGAGACACUUACAAUGUUGACGCCGAGUUUGUCAUGUCUGCGAUUCGCUCUGGCACAGCCGAAGAGUUCUUCACCGAGGGUAACCAUAUAGGCGAGAAGAAGUUUCGUCCGAAGGCGCAUUUCUCUUCCAUUGGGUUUGUAAACGAUACUCUGGCCUUGUUUCGAUGGAUCUUUUAUCGAUCUAUUCCGGAUAUUGUCAUCGGAAAGUUCCGCUUUACCUUCUCGUCGCUUGCGGUUCUGACGGCAACAUUCAUCGCCUUUGCUUUCGUCACCCUUUAUACCUUUUUGCAGCAGCCACUCUACUGGGAGAGCAUUCGAUUUGGCGCGCCGCCUGUGGCGAUCAGAGCUGGCAUGCUCUCCGUGGCGUUGACUCCAUGGAUUGUCGCAACGAGCAUGAAGUCCAACUUAUUGACCCUGUUCCUUGGCAUUGGGCCAGAGCGGUUGAAUGUAUUUCACCGAUGGCUUAGCUACAUUGCUUUAUUUCUGGCCCUGGUUCACAUGAUCCCUUUCUACAUUCAACCUGUGUGGGACGAUAACGGUAUGUCCGUUUGGGCUUCGACUUUCCCACCUGGUAGCGGCAUUAUAUACGGCACCGGUAUUGCCUGCAUAGUGCCAUUGAUUUGGCUAUGUGUGACCUCGUUCCCUUGGAUCCGGAGAGUCGCCUACGAAUUGUUUGUCAUGUGCCACGUUCCAGUCGGCAUUCUCUACGUUGGCGUGUUGUUCUGGCACACCAAAAAUCGCCUGAUGACCUGGGACUAUCUCUAUGUGACUGUGGCCAUCUGGGGAGCUUGUAAUAUCGCGCGACUCUUCAAAAUGAACUGGACCAAGCCAGGACGAUUGUCUUUCAUGGUCGGUGAUGAGGCUGCCAUUACCCUAAUGGCUGAGAACGCUAUUAAAGUCACUAUACCUACUCAGAUGCGAUGGAAGCCCGGCCAGUACGUUUAUCUUCGUAUGCCUGGUAUUUCGUUCUUCGAUAACCAUCCUUUCACAAUUUCAUCUCUCUGCAGUGAGGAUUUCCCUUCCGAGUAUGGAGAGAACUACCGAGAUUGUAUUCUCCUUUUCAAAGCCUAUGGCGGCUUUACUCGGAAGGUCUUGGAAACUGCAAUCGAAAAGGGCCCGUUCCAUACAUACCGGGCGUUUUUAGAUGGUCCAUAUGGCGGCAUGACGCGUGAUCUGGCUGCUUUUGAUACCUGUAUUCUGAUUGCUGGCGGAAGUGGCAUUACUUCACUGAUAUCACAGCUUCUCUACCUGGUGAAGCGAAUGCGUGAUGGCAAGGCCAUCAGCAGAAAAGUUGUAGUCGUUUGGGCUAUGAAAAAAUUGGAAGACAUGGACUGGUUUCGAGAGGAGCUGCGCAUCUGCCGUGAAUCUGCGCCUCCCGAGAGCGUAAGCUGCAAGUUCUUUGUCACUGGAGCAGUUCGGAAUCGACCAGGGCAGCAAAUGACUGCCCCCAUCAACGGAGGAGCUAGCCGAGCUUUGACUCACAAGCUCCACGAUAAACUUGAUGGCUUUGUCGCAGGCAUUGCUUCAAAGCGAAAUUCGGCUUUUAUUCAGGCUGAGGCGCAGGGUGAUCCGGAACGGGAGCGCGAACUUCGCGCUGAGAAUGAGGAUCGCAUCACUGCGCUUCCACAACAACAGUUCUUGCAGCCUCAUCAGUAUCCACCUCCACCUAACCUCCCUUCUGAAACGUCGACGAUAAAUCAAACCGUUGCAUCUGAAGAUGGUUUCGAUCAUAAGCUCAAUGAAAAUGGUUAUCCUGAGGACAAAAAGCCACAGGACCCGGCGCAGGAAAUCCAACCUAUCCCAGCUCAUCCUAUCCCAGUCCCGGAGCUCGCGCAUUUAUACAAUUCUAAUAUUCCCGUCGGAGCCAGCGAGCGUCCCGUAUCUACCUUUGGCCCACCGGCUGGGUUUGACUUUGGAUUCCCGCAAACUCCCACCGAGUUCCAAAAGAACCUUAUGAGAUCUGCGUUUCCUAUGCCACACCAAACCGAGGACGGUUGGACCAUUGAGUACGGUCGGCCUGAACUGGGGUACAUGCUCAAACAAUGGGCCACAGGUGGACCAGAGGGCAGAGGCAUCCUUGGCCGAAGGACCGCCGUCUUCGUCUGUGGCCCUCCGGGAAUGAGAGUCGGUGUGGCUAAUUCGGUGGCGAAACUUCAAGCGGAAAUUUGGGGCGACGAUGAGCUAGAAGAAAUAUUUUUGCAUACAGAGAAUUACGCUCUAUAGAGUCAGCUUCCUCUUAUGUGUAUUUGUAGAUACAAGGAUGAUUGGGGUGGAGGAUUAUGACUGAUGUAUAUUUUUCUUUGAAGUUAUGAUAGGCUACAGAGCCACUGAGAUACCACUUGUACAUAGCAGCAAACACAUAUUUUCAUUUUUGUUCCUAAUUGAGUAUAUUAAUCC